AGGACUGGAAACAAGUUUAUGUGUUUCAUAGCAGCCAACAGAGGGCGGUAGAUGACUUAUUUGGGUACUUUUCGUCAUUGACUUCUUUCUUAGCACGGUUUCAGACGGUAAAGGUCCAAAUGAUGAUGUUCCUACAGAGGAUUGAGAUCAAGAAAACUGAUUAGGACAAGAGGCAGCGUUUUCUUGGCAGUCUUCACCAUGGAGCACAGGAUCAACCUGGUGGAACCGGUGGGUCUGUGCACCAGUGUGGCCCUGCAGCACCUCAGCGGCGUCAUCGAGGACGAGCUGAAGUCCCACGAGGGCGCCCUCCGACAUCGCAAGCGGACCCUUGCUUGUCCCACCACCUGGGCCCCGUCCACCGAUACCGUCCUACACUGGACCAGCGCCCUCCUGAUGAUCGCGGCAGUUGUCCUGAGGAUAGUGGCCACGGCGUUCUCCGAAGACAGGUCCCUGAUAUUGGAGUCGGCUGUCCUGGCGUUUCUCGUGGUCGUCAAUGUCUUCACGGCGCGGUGGGACGGUCAGCUGAGGAGAAUGGAGAUUGUGAACCACACCAAGGAUGUACUGACCAAACUGAGAGAACUGAUAGCGAGCGAAAUCCACUGGCCGACAGACGUCUACUCCUCACUGUUUCAACCCAGCACCCAGUCCAUCACAGAGCAGUGGACGUACCGCGACGGUCACCUGGUCAGUCUGCCCACUGCCUUGCUGGUCAAGGAUGACGUCAUUCUCUUGAAGCCCGGCCAGGCCUCGCCCACCAUGGUUUGCAAUUAUGAUGAUCACAGCAUAGAGCUACAGAAGGGCCAGAAAUUCCAGCAGAGAGCCUUUGACGCCUGCGGUGUCCCCACGGCACGCCAGCCGCUCAAGCCGGUCAAGUUCAUCGUGAUGGAAACACUGUACAUACCGCAUCUCAGGGCCUGUCUGCAGAGGGACAACGGUAAGCCGUACCCACUGCUUGAAGUCAAACGGACCGUGUGUAUUGGCAUUGCCGAGAGAUGGAUACUACCUUUUGCAUUGGGUGUAUCAUUGCUUGCCAACAUCCUACGCUUUGUGUUGGUCAGAGACGAUGUCGGCCACUGGACUGAAAUGCUCAUCAGUUUACCCAUCAAUACGAUACUCCCUCUGCUGCCGUUAACCGUCCCCAUUCUCUGGAUCCUACUGACAAGCUAUGGCAAUGCCAGGAUCGUCACCCUCUUCCACAAAUCCAAACAUGAACAGGCUGAAUUGACAGAGUUUCCUGAUGACAAAAUUGGUGAUAAAGCUGAAGUCAAGGAUGAGCAGCUGUCUUUGCGUGAGCUCCUUGAGCAUUUUGUGUCGGCGUUCUUAGGUCCAUCCAGCCACCUUCCCCGUUCAGCAAGUCUGCUUUACGGCCUCGGUACUAUGACUUCCCUGUGCUGUGUGGACAAGCGUGGCAUCCUGUCCUACGCGGACCCCACCAUUGAGAAGGUCUUCUUCAUGAGCAACCUCAGUGAUGACAAGACCUCCUCGGACAGCGACAGCGACUCGGAUGUCUUCACCAACUCUCAGGAGCAGGUGAUUAACGACGGGCACUGCGGGAAGAAGGGUGUGACCAUAGCGUCGCAGGAGAAGAAUCUGGACAAUGAAGACUACUUUCCUGAAUACCACACUGAGGUUUUGACGCUGUCAUUGGACUCCACACAAAACCCAACGAGCUUGCAGUUUGACGAAACCAGUUGGGAGAGACACAUCAACUCUCUCAAGCCAAUGGGUUUGAACAUUCUGCUGAACACAUGCAAUCCAGACACAGUGGAGAGAUACGGUCACCUGUUUGAUCACGUACACAGCAUUGUCAACUCGGAGGACACGACGCAACCAGCAUGGGUGGCACACAGGAGAUGUAUGUGCCAGCUAGCUUACCUGAUUGGCUUCACAGAGCAAGCCACACAGAUGUAUGAGAUGGAGCAGCAACUAGCUCUGUAUCAACCAGUGCAUAUAGAUGCCGAUGAGAGCCACAAUCGUCACAUCCACAAGACGCGUUCCUUCAUCAAGAAACGUACCCCGAUCCCACACAUCAUGUCUGUCCUCAUGAAGGAUUCCAGAGGAGGCAACAACCAGUUGUUAACUGAGGGAACAGCUGAGCUGGUACUCAGCCUGUGCACUGACUUCUGGGAUGGCUCUGACCUUUGCCCUAUGGAUGACAAUGACAGGAAGAAGAUUCUUGAUUUCUACCAGCGCGCCACCCUUUCCUCUUAUUGCUGUGCCUUUGCCUAUCAGCCCAUGGUAGACUCCAUGGCCAAGUACUUUGAUGAUCUCUACAUCGAGCUGCCCGCUGGAGGAAAAAUGGGCAGGCUGCCGUCCGAUUUGGAAAAUUUUGGGAUUGCGAGAUCCUCUUGGGAUGUAGACAUGACGACGGCCCACCAGCACAGCAACAAGGGGGAGGAGGGGGAGGGUAGAGGGAGGAAAUACCACAGCCUGGACUCAGCCAUGGAUAAGAUGGAUGAUAUCAGAGAUGCUGGCGACUGCUUCAGAGCUCAGUGCGGUCAGAUCUUCAUCGGCAUGGUCACCAUGAACUACCAGGCUAAGUCAGACAUCGUGGCCCUGAUUGAGAACCUGGACCACGCCUGCAUCCGCUUUGUGCACUUCUCUAGAGACCAAGAGCUCAGGAGCAGGGUGUUUUCUGAAAAGAUGGGUCUAGAAGCCGGCUGGAAUUGCCACAUCUCCUUACAGAGCGACCCCAGCAGCAAUGCAUCCAACAACGGCGUCUCCCGCCAGCACUCAGACCAGUCCUCCUCCCUCAAGAGCAACCCCUCUAGGAGGAGCGUCGAUGUCGCGGCUUCCUUCUCGGCAGACCACCCGAAGGAGAUUCACGCAGAUGUUCCCAAUCUCAAGGUGCUGUGGCACGGACAGGACCAAGAUGCGAAGAGAAGCUUGAGCAAUGCCUCCGCUGACGGGAAACUUCAAGGGAAUUGUAGAGACAGGGUAGGCUCUAGAGGGAAGGAGGCGAGAAGAGAAGACGCCAAGUCUGUGAAGGUCUUGGUGGAUGCUGAAGGCGACGAUGAGGAGCAUGUGACCGAGACAUCGCAGCUACUUUCAUCAUCCCAGCAUGCGCCAUCCAUCUCUCCAUCGCUAGCCGAGACAAACGUGCAAUGUGACAAGCCUGAUUCAAAAGCCAAGGCUUCCCAAGAUGCAACUUUUAGUGGAUUGGCACAAGAUGGUGCUGUCAAGCAGGCUGAGCCAAGAUCGGGAAAUGAGGCGCAAAGAAGAGACAGCAUCAAAGAUGAAGAAGAGGAUCAUGCAGGUGAGACGUCAACACUCCUCCCAUCCGCUCAUCCAGCAUCAGUGGCAGCUCCGAAGUCCGCGGACCACUUGCCACAGAAGUCCACCUCCCGGCCUCAUCCUCACUUCUCGGACUCCUCCUUGCCCGAAGUCCAGAUCUCUGGAGAGCAGGAAGGCACCGAUGCCGUUACAGCCAGCCACCAUGUCCGGCACAAAUCCAACCUGGAGGUUCUGAGUGAGGAGAUGUCUGUCUCCUGGCGAGCCAGAAACAUCUCAGAGACCCGGACGAUGAGUGACGACACCGAGACCCUCAGCCACGUUACUGAGAGUGAGACUGCUGUGGGGUUUGACAUCUCAAACAGGGCCAAACUUCCUCGAGGUAUCGAGAACAUCAGACCGCACCUUGAGAAAGUUGACAACGUGCCGCUGCUUGUGCCACUCUUCACUGAUGUCACUCCAGAGACCACUCAGGAGAUGCUUAAGAUCAUGCAGGAUUAUGGUGAGGUCAUCUGCUGUCUGGGUAGCAGUGUCAAUCUUCUCAACAUGCCGCUCUUUGCACAGGCUGAUAUCAGCAUUGGAGUGGAGCCUCUCUACCCCCACGUGUGUCAGCACCGUGACCAACCAGAACAGCUCUCCUGCAGUAAACCAUACUGGCACACGCCCACCGGCCUGGGCAGUCUCCUGACCAGCCUGCCUUGCUCACUCGCAUUCUGGUGCAAUCACAACUUCAGUCUGAUUAGUCUCAUUCAAGAAGCAAGGGGUUUGUGCACUGCCAUCAGUACCGUCUUCACCUUCCUGAUGUUCACGCUGCUCUCCCUGACUGCCGUCCAGCUCCUGGCCUCGGUCUGUCUCCUGCCUCCCCCGCUCGCCGGUCGUCACGUCCUGUGGCUCUCUGUCAUCGUCGCGCCGGUGCUGUCCGUGUCGCUGUUCCACUCGCAGGUCAACCACCUGACCAUGACCAGCGCCACGGGGAAGAAUCUCAAGCACAGGGAUUCCCAGGUCAUUCAACUGUACAUGUUCUUCUUUUUCGCUCGGUUCGGUCUCACCAUAUUUAUCUCCUUGCUGUGCCACGCCCUCACCCUCCACGCCUUUUGCCAAAAGACUGCCACGCCCACUGAAUCUUGCCACAUCAUCUUCGGAAACAGGAAUUCCUCGUCUCUCUGGAAUGGACUGAAGACUGAGCAUUCCUCACAACUGGUGCUUGCUCAGAACAUUCAGGCUGCAUUGAUUGUACUGUACUUUAUUGUUUCAUCCGUCAGUUACGUCCACAAUCUCAAGUCACUAUGGAAGAGGCAUCCGUUCACCAAUCGCAUGUGGUGCUGCACUGUGCUGAUUCUGUUGCUGCUUCAGAUCAUCUAUUUUGUCCUGGACGUGAGGCUGUGGACUGCAGACCCGGCCAGUGGUCAAGCGGUCACCCUGGCUGACGUACCCUUGGCAGUCUGGCUCCUAGCAUUCCUCUGGCCGCUGGUCAUUCUGGUCUUGAACGAGGCGGUCAAGCUCAUUGAAAUCAGAGUAUUUGUCAGAUGGCAGAGGCGGACUCAACUACAGUUUGGCACCAAGCUGGGAAUGAAUUCUCCAUUUUGAGCAGAGAAAAGUGUCCCUGAAUUGCCUGGUGGAAAUCACUGCCCAACAAGCUUAGUGUGCUUAGCACGAAUGAAGCCAAGUACCAUGCAGAGCUUAGUAUGGGUCAAGAUGAUGAUGUUGUGUAUUGGAUACG